UUGGCAAUUGUCAAAACAUUCUCACGUGUGCGGUGCGGUGUGAAUUUUUAUAAAUAUUAAUUAAACUGUAAAUGCAGCAACAUGGGUAAACGUAAAUUCGAAAACGAAAAAGAUAAGUCACCUAAAAAACCUAAGAAGGCUGAGUCUGAAAGUAUUGAGAAUGGAACCGACGAACAACCUCAAAACGCGGCGGACUCCGAUAAUAAACAUGCAUUUACUUCCAAAAAAGACGGUUUUGAUGUGAAAUAUUUUCGUAAAGAACUAUCAGCAAAGCAAGGCCAGACUAUGGCUCUAACACAAUUCCUACAAGUGUGUCUAAACCCUGACAGUCCUGCUGACUACCUGUUGGAAUACCUUAAGUGUGGCGGCAACUCUCACGAAAUACUGCGACAGAUCACUGCAGACAACAAGAAAAACCUCACUCUAGCCACCCCAGCAUUUCACAUCUUCCAUCUUAUCAUUGUGAAGGUACAGUCUUCCCUCCCUCACAUGAUAUCUAUCACAGAGGAGGCGUGUCGCUACUUCCUGAACACAUUCAUGUCUACUAUAGAGAUUAUGAUCAGCGAGAGCUCUGGUCCUCGACACAGGAAAGUGGUUCUUAAACUACUGACAUCAAUGGUCACACUAAAUUCAGAUUUAGGGGUUGAAGUACUCAACCAGGCCCCAUUGACUCCAAAACACUUGCAGCAUGUGGUUGAGAAGCCCAACUUCAAAGAAAAGGAUAAUGUGAGGACAACAUUUGUUCACUUCAUGACUUCAUUCCUGAUUGAAGGCCACUUGCCCCUGAUAAAAGCUCUCCUGGAGAAGCAAGGCUUGCUGGCUCUUGUCAUACCCGGUUUGAUUAAUGACGAACCAGAGGCUGUGUUGAUAUUUUUAAACAUUUUGAAAAAGAAUGUUGUAGACAAUGCAUUGAUAUCAAAAAGUCUCAAGUUGAAAACAUUCAGUCAUCAAGUGCUACACAAUCUCUUCAAAGUAUUUUCAUGGAAAGGUCCUCCAGAAUUAAGUCAAGAAGUGAGGAAUGAGCUCCGUCCAGAUAUAAUGAACCUACUUAGUGACAUACUACUUACUUUAUUUACUUCGCACAAAACGGGUCUCUACUUCAUUGACUAUUCCCUAGGUACAGUUGAUGCUAACAAAAAUCAGAAUCUAUAUAAAGCUCUGCUGACUCUGAAGAGGCCGUGGGAGAAUGAGAGUGAAUGUGAGGUGAUCUUAAAUAUAAUGUACAAAUGCCCUGACCUACACCGAGCUCUGUGCAGCGUACUAGAACAAAGCUUUGAGCCUCAACAUUCUCCAAUAUGGGAAAGAACUACAGAUUUCACAAUCAAGCUGCUAAACAAAUUGAGACCAGAAGACAUGGUGUCUAGAAUGACUCACCUGAAUCCUGUACAGAUUGCCAAUUUUGUCAGAUUCGUAACAUUACCAGUACCAUUACUGAAGUACAUCAAUGUCAGUCUAGGGAAAGACCAGACAGUGUCCCUUUACUGUGUCAAAGUUCUUGUCAAGAUGCUGCAAUGUCUGAAGAGGUAUUUACAGAUAUUGGAGAGCAAAGAAACAGCACAGACAGCUGAUUUAAAAAAUAAGUUGGAGUAUUUUAUUCCUAAACAUUUACCAACACCUGCUAGCAUAGUAAUGUUAAUAGACAAUGUCACAUCUGCCAAAACAGCAGAAGUAGAGAAUACUAAGGACUAUAGACUUCCUAAAAUAAGUGAUACAGAUGCUCUGAUAUCUCUAGUUGAUCUCCUGCUACUGUACAAUGACAUCCACCCAGCAUAUUUUGAAACCUUGGAAGAUAGUAUAGAUAUGAAGAAAAUAUUAGAUUUUUCUAAAACACUUGAAACUGGUCAUGUUGCAUUGUUGAAAUUUAAAAUUGUAUCUCUAUGGUUAACAUUAGAUAGUUCUGCAAUAUCUUUGAAGAAUCCAAUGUUUAAGGAACUUUUCUUAAUAAUGUUGGAUGUGUAUAUGAGUGAAGAAGAUGACACCUGGAUUGAAGCUAAGGACACUUUACGAAUUUAUUUCAAAAAUACGGCGAUCUUUGAAGGGGAUGAAGACGAAAUACAUUUGAUAUUGUACACACUGAGGAAUGCUAGAGUCAACCCAUCCUCUCUGAUUAGUGACAUUGUAGAAUACAUUCUAGAAAACAUUACAGAUUUGACUGAAUAUGUGAGGAAUCAGUUGGUGCAUUUUGAAAUAUCUUCGGAAAAUACUGAGGACAGUCUGAAGAAGCUGUUUAAUGAUCUAAUGGAGAACAAAGCCACUGAAGAUAAUGUGUUUCUAGAAAGUAGAAUGCCUUCACCUUUUAUUGUGGGCUGCAUGCAGUACUUACAGUCAAACAAGGAUGCUAAGAAGAGUCUAAAACAUUUUCUAUCUCUUUACAUCGUUAACUUACUUCACUGCAAUUACUCGCCUGAGUUAACUGAAGUAUUAAUUGGAGAUUGUAAAUUAGAUGCUCGGAAUUACGUCGCGAGCUGGAUAGGGCAACCCGUGGCUAUCUCAGACACGAUCGUGGGUCAGGACAAUGUUCUGAAAACAAUAUCAAGUUCCAUAGUCGAUAGUGAAGAAGUUUCUUUAAAAGAUGUGUUCCCAUUUUUGGAAGAGGUUACAGAAGAUGGUGAUUUUGUGAUCAACGAUGUUCAUUAUAAAUUGGUCACUUCAAAAGUAGUGGACGAUUCGGAAAUGUUGAUGUGGGCAAAGUAUUUGAUAUUCUGCAUUGUGAGACUUACUAACAUUGGACAGUUGAAUGAAGAACAGCAGAAACGGAUAACUGACUACUUUCAAUGCAUUAUCGAAAUUGGGAAAAAGCACCUCUGUAUUGAUGUAUGUCGGACGAUAAUACUGACUUUAUUUAAAAACCCACAAUUCCUGAAGAUAUACAAACCUCUCAACGUUGGAAAAGAGUCAUCAAAUUUACAUGCAACCGAAUUUCUGCUACAAGUCCUAACACAUAACUUAGAUAUUGUAAAUAAUUUAAAUAACAAACAUAAACUUCUAAAUACCUAUCAACAGAAAAACUAUAAUGAGAUCACUAAGGCCUUCAUCAAGAUCAAUAAAAGGAAGAAUGCAGACAGCCAGUACACCACACGCGUAUUAGAAAAAGUAGGAUUAUCUCAUGAUGAUGACAUCAAAUUGUUUAACCUUAUAUUCGGCGUCGAUACAGACGCUUGUUUGAGAGAUGACAAGGAACCCAGUCUGGUUCUAGAGCUAUUGAGAUAUUUGAUAGAAAAAUAUUCUGAAACAAUUAGUUUGGAGUUACAACCAAAUAUUUUGAAGAAGACAAUCUCGCUGUACACCAAUUUACUAUCGAACAAAGAAUUAAAUCCUAAUCUAACAAGCUUAGAGAACGCAUUAACGAAAUAUUUCGAAAACAAACCGCACCAAGCGUUGCGGGUGUCAGAAGAUGAUUUCAAACAGUUUUUCUACUUUAACAACUUAAGAAAGUCUACUGCGACCCUUGCAGCAGUACUGUUGAAGUUUAACGUCAAGUUCUGCAAUGUCUUUAAAGGCGAAAUCGUCCGUCCCGAGAUAUUAUCCCAAAGAGAACUAACGCUACCUCUAGGCUCCGCAGUAAUCAACCACAACCAAUUCUUGCUCGAUAACAAAGACUUUUUAGCGACUAUAUACAAUGAAUAUAAAUCGAAUAUUAUUAAAAUGGUAGAAAAACCCCACAAGGCCGGUCAAAUUUACGUAGCGUGUUGGCAAUUUAUCAGGAAGUUGGUAAUCGAGUGUAUGGACGUCCAAGACUGUUUGAAGUUAUUCAAUAAAACCCAUAAAUUUGAAACCGUAGAAUGCAGUCAUGUUCAAAUAUUGCAAAAUGUAUUUUUGAAGAUCUGUGAAAAUAUUGCUAAGAAGGAGCAUCUCCUAAACUAUCUCUCGUGUAUGUUAAAUCUUGCAACUAUGGCUUUAAAAGAAAAUAAGAUAGAUGCUUUGAAUGAAAUUAUUACUGCCGUCCAUAGCAUUGUCCAAAUUUGUGGUAUUGUAGAGGGAUUAGAUAUUGCACAAAAGGAUGAUUUCAAGAAAAUGACCGAGAGCGCUGUAUGGCAGAACUUCUGUAAGGCAACGUUAAAAGAUUCUUUAAAAAUCAAAACCAUUGAUCAAGGUUACACGAUCGGACCGAAACUUCUGGCUUUACUCACAGAAUUGGUGAAACUUUUAUACCCGGACAACCACGAUGAUAUAACGACGCUAUUUGACAUGGUGACAUCACAUUCGGAAUUCCUAAAUGUCAUGCUCAGUCUGUACAGCUCCGACAUCAAAUCUAGGUUGAUAGAGUUCUUAUACACGUUGAUACUAAAGAACAAAUCUGUCAUGAAGACACAGCACAUACCUGUUUACCUGAGCGCAUACCACGCGACGAGAAGUCCGUGCGACAGGCUAAUUGUAGCCAUUCUACAUUUCUAUGAAACGAACGGUCAGCCGGUCAACGAAUACAAACCUUACGUGUGGGGUGACUCCGCUGCUAACUACUACGCUGUCAGGAAGAACAGAUCAUCCUCACUAUGGUCCCACCCCACGCCCAAUCAAGUUCUCAAUCUAUUUGACAAAGAGGUAAUUGAAAGAACAGUUAGAAACUUUCCAGUGUCACAGAAAUUUGAGUACCAUUACGAAUUAAAGGCAAAUAUUGGCGUGGCGCGUGAAGUAACAGAUUCAGUAAGGUCGGUGUUAAACGAGAUGAUGGAAGAUGGAGCAUUGAAGCCGUAUGUUACUAAAGACGGUGAGGGUGCUGUGAGGAAUUUGGUUGUUAAAGGGAAGUACGAAGGAAUAAUGUCUCAGUAUGUUGGAGGAGAUCUGUUGCACUCCUCAAAUGUAGAUCAGGAUGAAGGUAUUUACGACCCUAUGUUCGUGUUCCCCCUGCUGAGCCACCUGCUGGCGCCGGGCUCGGUGGCGUCCUGCUUCAAGAUGUUGCGCAGCGGGCUGCUGUCAGUGCCGGUGAUGGCGCUCAGCUCACACUGCCCCAUGAUGAGAGCGGUCGCGUACCACGUACUCCAUCGCUUCUGUAUGCUGCUGGAAACUGAAACACGACACAAAAAUGACAAGCUGUUCCUGACGGACUUCAUAAGCACUUUGCGUCGCAGUCUCACCUCUGCCAUCACCAGCUCCGAGCCGUUCGAAGGUCAGGACUUGAAGAACCCGAAGCUGCCGGCCAUUGACGCCCUGUACCUCGCUCGAGCUCUCAUGGUGUCUACGGCGCCAUUCGACCCCCUGUACAAACCUGUCAACAACUUCCUAAUAGCCAAAAACUUUGUAGAUUGUACCUUGGUACCUGAUUUCCUCAGUCUCUUCCACGAUAGUGACGUGGAAGCUAUUGAACGAAGGCUCUGGAUACUAGAAAUCAUUAGAGAUGGAACUAAGACCAUGACAGACAUAGACGUCGUGUUCAAGACAAUGUGCCUCAAAAUGAUCAUGGAUUUCUAUUCCUCGGUUUUAAGUGAUAAGAAGGUGAAGGAAACAAUUCUGGGAGCAUUGAGUUCGGUAGUGGCAGUGCCUAGAGCUUUCGAGAUAUUGGUCGAGGGGCAUGGUCUGCUGUCGUGGCUACAUUCAGUGGUGCGGCAGACGAGCGAGAAGACGUUAAUCAAAGGAAUAUUUAGGUUAAUCAACAACAUGAUGUACAGCAUGAAUAUUGCUGCUCUCUCCAGAAACAUAGCAGCUAAGAAUGGGAAGGUGAAUGAGUUCAUAGAGCUGAGAACUAACAAGGACGUGGAACAAGAGAUACUAGUGAUACAUUACGAUUUACUGAAACAUUUAGAUGAUUUAGAAGUUGAAGAUGCCGCGUACUACGUGAGGAUAUGCAGACUUAUGUCGAAGCGGAGCAUUAAGAGUUUAUCAAAGAAACAAAUGUUAAGUUUGGUGAAUAAAGUAGGCGUGUGGUUUAAGGAUAAUAAGGUUCAAGAGGUUACUCGGUUGCUAUCAAAGGCCUUGCUGGCCAGUGAUGCGCUUGUGUUGAAAAGUCAGAAUAUGACGGUGAACUUGGAAUGUGAAUAUAAAACUAUUUUAGUGAAUGCGUUGACAGAAGUGGUACAGACGUAUGUACUGUAAGGGAAGAAUAUAAUUAUACUUGUUAUAAUAAAUAUUACAAAUAAAA